UUGACAAUCCCAGGAAUGAAGAAAAUAACGAUAAAAACAUACGCUUCGUCCCACGAGGACUCCGACAACUCAAGUGACGAGACAGAAUGCAGCAUUGGGAGCAACUCAACAGCUGGAACCCACCGUUCAGACACCCCAACACGUUCAGCCCGAUACCGAAAAAAGGGACGUCGACGUAGCAAAACAGCAAAAUCGAAGCCCUGCAAUGACAAACCCCUGUACAAAUACUGCUGCAGCAUAAAAGAGGAUCACGGUCAGCCCCUGUUCGGUGUCCAAUUCAAUCAUCACCUGAAAGAGGGUGAACCCAUGAUAUUUGCAUCAGUUGGUAGCAACAGAGUGAGCAUCUACGAGUGCCCAGAGGGUGGUAACAUCCGUCUGCGCCAGUGCUACGCCGAUCCAGACCCCGAAGAGAAUUUUUACACGUGUGCAUGGACAUUCGACGAGUCCGGAAAGCCCCUUCUGGCAGUUGCUGGCUCUCGUGGUGUCAUCAGGGUCCUGAGUCCCGUGACAAUGACGUGCGUUAAACAUUACAUCGGUCAUGGCCACGCCAUCAAUGAAUUGAAAAUUCACCCCAAGGACUCCAACAUUCUCCUGUCAGCCUCCAAGGAUCACGCCCUCAGGCUCUGGAAUAUCAAGUCUGAUGUCUGCAUCGCCAUCUUUGGGGGUGUCGAGGGUCACAGGGAUGAGGUCCUCAGUGCAGACUUUGAUAUGAAGGGUCAGAGGAUCAUAUCCUGUGGAAUGGAUCAUGCCCUUAAACUCUGGAACCUCGACAAACCUGAUAUGCAUGAGGCAAUCAAGCAGAGCUACUUCUGCAAUCCUACCAGGAAUGGACGACCUUUCGAUUCGGUUCUUCAGCAUUUUCCCGAUUUCACCACCAGAGAUGUCCACAGGAAUUACGUCGACUGUGUUAAGUGGUAUGGUGAUUUUAUUCUAAGCAAGAGCUGCGAGAACUGCAUCGUCUGCUGGAAACCAGGACGACUUGAGGACCAACAGCUCAGGAACAAUGAGACAAGUGCUACUGUUCUCCACAGGUUUGAGUUCAAGGAGUGUGACAUAUGGUUUAUCAGGUUCUCCAUGGAUUUUUGGCAGAAGACGAUUGCUCUUGGGAAUCAGGUGGGCAGAACUUAUGUCUGGGAUCUUGAGGUUGAGGAACCUGGACAGGCCAGGUGUUUCUCCCUGCAGCAUCCAAGGUGCACUGCACCCAUCAGGCAGACCAGUCUCAGCAGGGAUGGACGUGUUCUCCUCUGUGUCUGCGAUGAUGCCACUAUCUGGAGGUGGAAUCGUGACUGACGCAUUUUUUAAGAAUUUUUUAUAAUUUAGAAUAAAGAAUUUUUGUAAUUUC